CGACGCAUUCAACUAACAUCAGACAGGCCCAUGUCCCAAUGUAGGAUAAGAUUUCUUUGGCUACACUUCUGUUACAAUUUACAAGCACCAUCCAUGGCACUUGCAGGAAGUGCUACCUUCUCUUCAUCACUCUCAUCGGUAUGCACCUUACAAAACCGACAUGCAUCACAAUCCACAACCUUUCUUGGUAUUCCCCUAUGUCAGAGCAUGUUUCUUACGAAGAAAAAACCACCGCACAGGUUUCUAGUUGUGGCAGUAACCAAAGGCUCAACCGAGUCCAGUAAAUCCGACGAAAAAAUCCCUUCAUGGGCUAAGCCCGAUUCCGAGGAACCUCCUCCAUGGGCUCAAAAUGAAGCACAAAACAAAACCGCUUCUUCUUCGGAACAAGGAUUUGAGAUUCCGUUUUAUGUUUACUUACUUGCCUCUGCUAUCACCGCAAUUGCCGCUAUUGGUUCGAUAUUUGAGUAUGUGAAUCAAAAGCCUGUGUUUGGUGUUUUGAGCUCUGACAGUAUAUUUUAUGCUCCUUUGCUUGGUUUUUUCGCCAUCACCGGUGUUCCUACUUCGGCCUUCUUGUGGUUCAAGUCUGUUGAAGCAGCCAACAAGGAAGCUGAGGAACAAGACAAGAGGGAUGGUUAUAAGUAAUUAUAACCUUUUUUGUUGCCAUGUCCGCGGAAAAUGCAUAUAAUGACAUAUUGUAAGUCAGAGUUCGUUGUGAAUAUUCAUGUUUAUAUAUAUUAUGAUUCAUGAAUGAACAUCAAUCAUUACAAUUUCUUGUCAUAUCGUUCACUUUACUGAAAUUCCUAGUUAGUACUUGCAUUUGCAAAACUUUUGUCAAGGUAAUCUAUCUGUUCGCUCUUGUUAGUUAACAGAGUUAGAGACAUAAUGUGGUGUACAUUAAAUGUUUUUUUAGUAACCAUGUUAUUUUACA